AUGGAAGAGCAUUCUGUUGAACGAGAGUUGGAGCUCGAGGCAAUCAAUGCCAUUUAUCCUGGCUACGUUGAGUGUCUCUCUGACACACAGUGGGUCGUCCAAAUCCCUCGUCACGAGCACGUGCGCGUCCACAUGUCGUUUCCCACGGGAUACCCAACGGAGGCAGCGCCGCAGGUGCUCGACGUGGUCGCACCCGAGCCCCGCAAACAGUUAGUUGCUGCACUUGAGACCGCCAUGGAGCGUGCAUGGCUGCACGACGUAUGCAUUUUCGACUUUCUGGCAGAAGCCAGUGAUGCUUGCGACGCACACGCCGAGGACUCGGGUCACGUGAAUCACGAUAUCACAUCGGACGAAGGAUACAUGGCAGACGGUAAUAGAGCAGUGAGUGCUGAUGCGUCUAGCGGCGCCACCGCCCACGAAUUGCCAGAUCUACCCGCAGUGUGGAUUCAGAGUGACCCUGUGGUGGACCGUGGGUCGACAUUUGUCGCCUUCGCAGCUUCUGUGUCUAGCGAAGCGGAUGCGUGUGCCAAGCUCGACCAAUUGCGCGCAGAUGGGAAGAUUGCACGCUCGCAGCAUGUAAUAACCGCGUGGCGUAUCCACGGAGCUGGUAGCGUGGUGUACCAGGACUGUGAUGAUGAUGGCGAGACCGCCGCGGGCGGGCGCGUACUACAUCUUCUCACUCUCAUGGACGCCUGGGACGUGGUGGUUGCCGUGGUGCGCUGGUUUGGAGGUGCUCACAUUGGCCCUGACCGCUUCAAACAUAUAAACUCCACGGCGCGCGAAGCAGUGUUGCGCGGUGAAUUUGCCGAUCCAUCAAAAGCCGGCAAAAAGAAGAAAUAA